AUGAGCAAGGUCAUCAACAACUUUAACGCGAUUUAUAACCAAAUUUACCUUUCUCCUCCUAGCGGGAGUAACGACGAGGACAUUCUUAACCUUGCUAUCGCCAAGUGGGACUCUCAAAAUCCAACGCCUUUCCCGCACUUCCGAGCAUGGAACGUUGUAAGGAAAGAACAAAAAUGGAAGCCGGUUCCAAAUGAGGUCGCAACGGCCAAACGCACUAAAACUUCCGAGUCCGGAAGUUAUAGUGCGGGAAGCUCCACCGCUCGUUGUCAAAUCGACAUAAACGACGACCCGGAAGAUGACGAGGAUGUGUUGCCCGUUCACGAGUCGGAACGUCCCCCCAGAAGGGACAAAGCAAAAAAAGAAGCGGCCAGAAAGCGAAAAGCGGCCGGCUCGAGUGGAGGUGGCGGCUCGAGUGGAGGUAGGGGCGAGAAGGCAUCGUCAAAAAUGGACGACUUGAUAAACGAAUUCCGUUCAUUCAAAGAGUUCGCGGCCGAAAAAUAUAUUCACAAGAAAACCGCGUCGUCCGACUAUGCUCGAGCGGAAGAUUUUAGGAUUAUGAGGUUGGAUCUCGACUCGGUACCGGAGGAUGAACGCGAGGUUUAUCGGAGGAUGAAGGAAGAGGUGAAAAAAAAAUGGACGUCGUAG